AUGUCCGGCGGCGUUUUCUUCCUAUUUCUCUUGAUCGCCAUUAUUGCAGUAGUAGAUGCUAUUCCACUCAGGAGAGGAUGCCGACAAAGUUCAAUGGAUGUUUUCUUUUUGAUGGACUCGUCAAGCAGCAUCCAAACGGAGAACUUUGCCGACCAACUCAAAUUUGUUGCUGACGUUAUUAACAACCUAGACAUGAAAAUGGACGGUAUUCACGCAGGCUUGGCAACAUUCAGUGAUUCAUUUUAUCUCAGCAUUGAUUUAACACACGACAGAAAUUCAUUCUUAUCAUCAAUGAGCAGUGUUUUUCCUUUGUCCGGAAGCACAAGAAUCGGUAGGGCUCUUACUUAUCUGAAAAGAGAAGGGUUCGGCAGCCCACUGGCUCGAAAAAAUGCUACAAAAAUUGCCAUACUAAUAACAGACGGAGAAAGUGUAGAUAACCCUUUUCCAAUUGCAGAAGAAUUAAAAACUGAAGGUGUGAAAAUAUUUGCCAUCGAAGCAAAGCAGGUUAACAACAAAGGUGAAUUGCGUUUAAUCGCGAAUAAACCGUCCUAUCGUUUUCUUCUCAAACUAGAUGCCCGGAAUGUUGGAGAUGCCAUUGCUAAAACAAUAUCAAAGAUUGGCUGCAAUUCUGCCGAAAUACGUGACAAUUGCCAACAGAUGCAGAAUCAGGAUUUCAGAUUCCUGAUAGAUUUAGCCGGAUUUGGACGACUGAAAUCAAAUCAGAUUAUGGAAUUUACCAUUCGCGCUGUUCGAAUGUUAGAACGGAAACAACUUAACUGCUUCUUUGGCAUCCAUUUUAGUUCCAGACCAACUAAGUUUGUCUGUUUGUUAAUUUUGCCACUGAAAACUGUUUGCUUGCGAUCAUUGCGAUUAGUGGUGUCGGCGUCUCAACGAAAAACUCUGAGCAUUUCUGAACAGUUGGAGCUCAUCGACGAUGUCAAAGUGAAGAAACUCAAACUGGCCGCUGCAGCCAAAAAGUACGGAAUCGGUUAUUCAACAGCAGCAAAAAUUCUCAAGAAAAAAGACGAUCUCAGAUCUUGCAUGCAAAUGAACGGAAACACUAAUCGCAAACGAAAGCGCCAAUCCGUGCACAAGGACGUUAACGAAGCGCUUACACAAUGGUUUACGCAAGCAUGUGCUCAUGGAGCUACCGUCACCGAUCACGUUAUCAGGCAGAAAGCAUCACAACUGGCCGUAAAUCUUGAAGUUGAUUUUGAACCGAGCAAUGGCUGGCUCAUGCGCUGGAAGCAGGCCGAUAACGUUUCGUUCAAAAAAUUUCACGGCGAAUCAACGUCAGCAGAUCACGGUUCUGCCAACGAAUGGGUGACAAACGUUUUGCCGCAACUUUUUCGUGGAUAUGAUCCGAAAGAUGUUUGGAACUGUGAUGAAACGGGAAUUUUCUACAAAGCCAUGCCGUCUGGAUCUUUGCGAUUUGCCGGCGACGAACAGUCAAAUGGGACAAAAGUUCCCAAAGACAGACUCACGAUGCUUCAGUUCACAAACAUGGACGGCACCUGGAUGACUAGUCAGCUGUUUACUGACGUUAUGAAAACGCUUGAUCGAAAAAUGUUUGCUCAAAAUCGAAAGAUUAUUCUGUUUUUGGACAAUGCAACUUGUCAUAACUUAUUGCCGGGUUCAAAUCUAUCAAACAUCAAAUUGUCGUUCAUGCCACCAAACACCACCAGUCUCAUUCAACCUUUGGAUCAAGGCAUCAUUCGUUCAUUCAAAGCGUAUUAUCGUCGGGAACUUGUUCGAAUGCAAAUCGCAGCGAUCCAUGCUACACCGCCAGUGCCGCUGUCCGAGGUGGCCAAGCAGAUAACUGUUUUGAAGGCCAUGCACAUGAUGAAGCGAGCACUUUUCAUGGUCUAA